UCGAAAAGCAGCUAAAAACAACAAACAAAAAUUUUGCGCCAAAUUCGCCAACCACACUCGUUUCGUUGUUUAUCCCCACAAGAAUAUAUCCAUAAAAGCGUAAACAAUGACUCUACGGUUGGAGAGCUCCUACGAGAACUUAAGCAGCCAAUAUCGGCUGAAGGAACACGAUUACCAGAAGCAGUUCUGUCACCUGUACGCCCACCGGCUGGCCGAGAUGACGCGCCUGCUGACGCCGCUUGUCCAGAAGAAGUGGGGAAAAACAGAGACCAUUAUGAAGCUAUGCGAGCUGCGUGGCGAACAGGAUGUCCACUGCAUCUUGAUUGGCACCAUCUACAAGCACCAGGCGCACAGGCCCAGCAUCCUGAGGGACAUAUCCGAGGAGAAUCAGUUGGCACCCCAGCCGCCGCGACAGAAUUACUCGGAGCCCGAAGACAAGGUGAUACUGGAAGAUGAACUGCAGCGGGUGCGUUUACAGGGUGAGACGCUGAAGACCCAGCUCAUGGCCACCGGCAUUGUUUGCGCCGUACUGGGCGGCACCGAUAGCGAAGGCUUCUUCAACGUCGAGGAUGUAAUGUACUAUGAGAGUGGGCCACAGAAGCCACUGCCUAACAAACGCAACCGUCUGCUGGUGCUCGUAUCUGGCUUGGAUCAGCUGCAGGCCCACACCUAUGUGGAGGCCCUAAACCUAUUUCAGUACUGGCUCAGCGGCAGCCUGGGCAACGGGAAAGAUGCAAAAUCGUUGGUCCGAUUGAUCAUAGCCGGAAACUCGGUGCGCGGCAGUGCGAUGGCGCAUGUUCCGACCCUGCAGGUGGCACGCACACAAGCCAACGACAACGACACUGUCCAGGCGGUCACCCAGCUGGACAGUUGGUUCGCCUCGUGGGCGCAGUGCCUGCCCAUCGAUGUGAUGCCGGGCGCCUACGAUCCGGCCAACUUUAUGCUGCCCCAACAGCCGUUCCACAAGUGCAUGUUCCCCCAAGCGGCACAGCUCUCGUCGUUCCAGGCCGUCACAAAUCCCUACAACUGUCGCCUGGAUGAUGCUCUCAUUGUGGGCACUGCAGGUCAGAAUGUGGCAGAUCUCCUACGCAGCACGUCGAUUGAAUCUUCGCUGGAGGCCCUGCGCUGCACUCUAACAUGGGGCCAUGUGGCGCCCACAGCUCCAGACACUCUGGCCUGCUAUCCGUACAUCGAGAGCGAUCCAUUCAUCAUGCGCGAGUGUCCCCACGUGUACUUUGCAGGCAACUGCGAGUCCUUCGAGACGGCACUUCAUGUUACCGCCGAAGGGAAACGCACCUGUCUGGUGUGCGUGCCCAGCUUUAGCAAGACGAAGAGCGUCGCCGUGGUGGACUUGGACUCGCUCUCCUGUCGCCAGAUUAACUUUAGCGUAGAAUCUGAAUGAAAUUUAAAGUCAUGUGGAAGUAAAUUAAGUUUUGUAAAGAUAAAGAGUCUUGUUUUAUUCGCUAUUCAUUAGUGCACAACGGGCCCCAGGGGCUCUCCUCGAAUGUUGGCGAGGUCCAGGCGGGAGUCGAUGCUUUCGUCAAUCAGUCCAAUUACAGCAAUGUUGUCGCCCCGGAUGAUGUGCAGCCCCAGCACAAUCUGCUCUAUGCCGGACGACGUUGAGAAAACCCUCUCAUGGCACUCGUCGAUGAUGAUGUUGAUGGUCUGGUCGAAUCCCUUCAGUGUCCCGAUGAAGUUCCGUCCAUCCGCAGUGAUUAUGGACACGCUGUGGUUGAUAUAGGACUCCAAGCCGGACAUCUUUUGAUUUAUUUGUGUGAAA